AUGAUGACUCGCAUGGCCAACAGCGGUCGUGGCAGUCUCUCUCGCUCCUUCAGCAGCUGGAGACGCCUCCCCAGCUCUAGGUUCGACAAUGCCGUACUGCGAGAGUUGCCUAUCGAUACAGAGCCCAAGAACUUCGUGCGAAGUGCCGUAUCUGGCGCUUGUUUCUCUCGGGUAGAUCCCACACCCAUCGCCAGUCCAGAGUUGGUCGUCACCUCCCCUAAUUCGCUUCUUCUAGUCGGCAUUGAGCUAAACGAGAGCGAUAGCAAGAGUCAAGACGAAGGAGUAAACGGUGAAGGCGACGAUUUACAGCCAAUUGAGACCUUGGUGCCGAUUCUAGCUGGAAAUACUCUGUUACCUGGCGCUGAGACUGCCGCCCAGUGCUACUGCGGCCACCAAUUUGGCUUCUUCUCAGGCCAAUUAGGAGAUGGAGCCGCCCUCUAUUUGGGUGAAGUGGUGGCUGUGGACGAGAGGUGGGAGCUGCAACUUAAGGGCUCCGGACUCACUCCCUACUCGAGAACAGCCGAUGGCCGUAAAGUAUUGAGAUCAACGUUGAGAGAAUUUCUCUGCAGUGAGAACAUGCAUGCACUGGGUGUACCUACCACUCGCGCAGGCAGCGUGGUCACGUCCAAAGAGACGCAAGUGCUGAGAGAUAUUUUCUACAAUGGCGACGCCAAGAUGGAGCCAACGGCUGUGGUGACGAGAAUUGCCAAAAGUUUUCUGAGAUUCGGCAGUUUUGAGAUUUUUAAAGACGAGGACAAGCUGACAGGCCUCGCUGGACCGAGUGCCCACUUGGAGAACAAAGAAGAGAUGAUGAGAGAGAUGCUGGACUUUACUAUUCGACAGUACUACUCGGAGAUCAGUGGAGCGAGAAAGUACGAGAAGUUUUUCCAAGAAGUUGUGCGUCGUACAGCCAUGUUGGUGGCCAAGUGGCAGUCAAUUGGCUUCUGUCAUGGUGUGCUGAACACAGACAACAUGAGCAUCGUAGGAGACACGCUGGACUACGGUCCGUUCGGGUUUAUGGAGCACUUUGACCCCAAACACAUUUGCAACACGUCGGACGACAGAGGACGCUACAGAUACGAAGCGCAGCCUGAAGUCUGCAAGUGGAAUUGUGGUGUAUUGGCGGAUCAGUUGGGACUCGUAACAGAGCGUGCAGGUCUGGAACCAAUUCUAGAGUCGUUUGAUGCUGUCUACGAAGCCGAGUACAUGCGGCUGAUGCGUGAAAAGCUGGGGCUAUCAGACGAAGAGAAGGAGGACAAGAUGCUCGUGGAUACGCUGUUCGAUGUCCUUGCAUUCACUGGCGCAGACUUCACGUGCACCUUCCGCUACCUGUCGGAGCUUGACGUCUUCGAGACGGGUGAUUGUCGCGAACAAGUGCUGAACAAGCUUGUUGCUGUCUCCGAGACAUUGGCUCAGCAGAAACGCAAACUGGAGCUGGACUCAGGAGGAGUCUCUGACGCUCAAUUCGACAUGGUUGUGAUGCUGUUACAAGAGAAUCCUGUUCGUGCUCGUCAGUAUGGCAUCACGCCUGCUCUGGUUGCUCAGAUAAAAGCUAAUCGUGAAGCUAAGAAGCUGCUUGAUGCGACUACGGACGAAGAGCGCAUGGAUAGUAUCCGUACUGUGUGGGUGGACUGGAUUGACGUCUACAUUUCCCGUGUCAAGGAGCAAGGGGAUGCAGCAAGUGACGCAGAUCGCCGUCGUCGUAUGCUCGAUGUAAACCCGCUGUUUGUGCUGCGCAACCAUGUGGCUCAGAAGGCCAUCGACUUUGCACAUGAAGGUGACUAUGACGCGGUUCAGCACAUUUUUGAGCUUGUCACAAACCCGUUCGAUGAACCGACAGACGACCGCGAUCUCGAAUAUGCUCGUCCGCAAGAUUCAUCCACCGCCCCGCUUUGCGUGUCGUGUUCGUCGUAG